AUGCCAUACCGUCAUAUGUCCCAUCUUCGCCAGUGGCUUCUCUCCUCCCCGCCUGCAGAAUGGGCCCUCAAUCAACUCCGCGAGCUCUUAAUCGGUGCUCUCCGCCAGGGCCCUGUGCCAAGACAUGUUGCCUUUGUCAUGGAUGGGAAUAGACGAUAUGCAAAGAACAACCGGAUUGAGACUGUCGAGGGGCAUAAUUUGGGGUUCGAGGCACUGGCAAAAAUACUAGAAGUGUGCUAUAAAUCUGGUGUACACACUGUAACGAUAUACGCCUUCAGCAUCGAAAACUUCAAACGCAGUAAAUACGAGGUUGACGCUCUGAUGUCCAUGGCCAAAAUCAAGCUAAAACAGCUUGUCCAACACGGUGAGCUGUUGGACCGAUAUGGUGCGAGGAUACGGAUACUGGGUCAACGAGAACUGAUCAAACCGGAUGUCCUUGAGGCUGUCGACAAAGCGGUCGAAAUGACAAGCAGGAAUGAGGGAAACUGCGUCUUGAAUGUAUGUUUCCCGUAUACCUCAAGAGAAGAAAUCACGAGUGCAAUUCGGAGCACGGUGGAGGAGUGGACAACGCCGCUGCCAGAAGACAUCAAUGGCAAGGGGAGGAGGAGCCCGUUCAAGGAGGAGAGGAUCGCCAGUACGAUAUGGUCCGAACAAUUUUCCCAACAAGAAAAAUCAAAUUCAACAGCGACGAGAACCUAUUUGUCGCCACCCCUGAUGGACAUGCAGUCGCCCUCUUCGAGCACAACGAGCUUGUCAUCAUAUUCGCCCGAUCAAUCUGACCGCGACCACGACGCCUCAUCGGUAUCAACCUCGACAACACUACACCAAGACGACACCACAUCUCUCUCACCGCCCCUCCAACCACUAACCACGUCACACAAACCCUCGCGACAGAAAGAAAAGUAUCCUUCCCCCGAAUUAAUCACUCCGGCUACCAUCACAUCCCAUACAUAUACGUCCGAGUGCCCGCCCAUUGACCUGCUCAUCCGCACCUCAGGAGUGUCGCGGCUCAGCGACUUUAUGCUCUGGCAAUGCCACGAGUCGACGCAGAUUGUGUUUCUGGAUGUGCUGUGGCCCGAGUUUGAUUUGUGGUCUUUUUUACCCGUGCUCUGGGAGUGGCAGUGGCGCAAGCGGCGCGAGCAGAGAGCUGCCCAGGAAAAUGAGGGUCGGGAGGAGGAGAAGAGGAGAGGGAAAUCUGGAAGCGUCAGUAAAGCGAGGAAGGCUGCCGGAAUGGUCCAGGGGCAUACUUCCUGA